ACAAUUGCCUAGUGUUAUCAGUGGGUUAUCAGGUUUGCUAAGUGUGUAAGAGGAAAUGAAACUGAAACUGGAGGCUGACAGGGAGGUGCUUGUGCAUGUACAGGUAACGUUGAUGUGACUGUAUGGCAUAUAUGCCACAGAGAUUCACUGGAGAUCAAUCAGAGCUAUCACAGAGUCUGUCUGAACUCUCCUCACUGUCUGGUCUCAUUUGAAAAGCUCUGGAAAGACUCAAGAAGAUGAAAAACAUCAUGGUCUGGUGGUUGAUGCUGCUGUGGAUAAUGCCUCUGUUAUCUGCCGGCCAUCAGUCAACAAAAGAUGAAGUCAUAGGAGCAGUUGCAGGAGGCGCUGGGGGAGGAGCCGGGGGAGCAGCAGGAGGAGCGGCCGGGGGAGCGGCGAUAGGAGCACUCGGCGGAAUGGUUCUAGGAGGCCCAGUGGGAGCAGUUGCUGGAACAAAACUAGGAGCAGUAGUAGCUGGUGUAUUUACUGCAGCAGCUGCAGGGGCAACAACAGGAGCAGCUGCAGGAGGUGUCACUGGUGCAUAUACAGGAGCAAAAGAAGGAUACAAACAUGGGGGUGAACGUGGAGGAGGAGCAGGUGGGAGAGCUGGCGGAGAGGCAGGAACAAAGGCGGCUGGAAAAUGGGCUAAAGGACGCGCUGGCGAAAUUCCGGAAAGUGUAAUUGAUGAGAUCAGACACCUAAGUGGAGCGAUUGGAGAAACACUGGGUGAAUAUAUUGGAUGGGGGGUUGAAACAUGUAUCAAAAUUGCAGUAGAGGAUUAAGGGGUUGCAUGUGCAGGAUAUUUCACUGGGAAUGUUGUUAUGAUGACACACCUCUUCUCUCCAACUGUUCUUAUUGCAUAAUUAUUUGCAGAUGAUCGCAGUUUGUGUUACUGAACUAUAUAUUCUAUUUUUCUGUUUUGAAGUAAUUCUCAAGACCUGAAGUACAAAACAUGUCUAAUGUUAUAUUAUCUCAUCUGAUGUAGUUGCAAAAAUGCAGCACAUGGUGGUGUAUUUUGUAACCUUCAUUAACCUUAUCCUGAAAUAGAAAAAACAACAAAACAAACAUUAACUAAAGCACAUAUCCUGGGAUCUGAUCAGAUGUUUUCAUUAAUAAAAUGAAAAAUAAAUGGGUUUUUUUUUACAUUUACACACAUGUCAGCACCUUAUGUCUACAGUACUUAUAAAGUUAACAACUGAAUAAAUGUGUAGGCUACUCCCAUA